ACGACUCGGUGUUUUGGUUUCUGAAUCCUGGUGAGACAUUUCUUAUAAUUCGUCGCGUCUACAGCAAUUGCUCUUAUCAUGAGCAAUCUGCAACAACGACAAUGGUCGAGAACAAUGGGAAUGAGCGUACGCCACUGCUUGGUCGCAAGACUUCAAGGAGUAGUCAUGGCCAAGAGGAGGCUUUAAAACCCGUUGCGGGGCCGGAGUCCGACGCAGAUCUCGUGAAUGAGAGUGCCAUUGAGCGACAAAGAAGCUAUUCAUCUAGUCACUGGCUCGCACCUCAGGUAUCUGGCGAUCAUGCUACCUACGGUGAUUCCGAAGUUGUGGUCGAGGACGAGGAGGGAGAUGGAGAGUUUAUGGGAGGAGUGUCGAGGACGAGGUUCUGGAUCAUUUUUGGAGGAAUGAAUCUUACUUUAUUUGUAGCAUGUUUUGAUGCAACAUUGAUGGCCUCGAGUCACCCGGUCAUCACAUCUUACUUCAACGCAUCAAACUCAGCAUCAUGGCUUACGACAGCCUUCUUGCUGACUUCAACAGCAUUCCAGCCGUUGUUUGGGAGGGUCUCUGACACGUUCGGUCGUCGGCCCUUGUAUGUGUUUACGCUCUCCUUGUUCAUAGCCACCACGACAUGGUGUGCUCUAGCUCAAAGCAUUGGCAGCUUCAUCGCAGCACGCGCAUGCUGUGGUCUCGGUGCAGGAGGAGCAAUGGCCAUGACCGCAAUCAUGACAAAUGAUCUCGUCCGUAUCGAAGUCCGCGGCACAUAUCAGGCCUAUAUCAACCUCUUCUUUGGCCUCGGCCAAGCAACAGGAGCUGCAUUUGGUGGCUACCUGGCAGAAACUCUGGGUUGGCGAUGGACAUUUGGCGUCCAGGUACCACCCGUGAUUCUCGUGCUCGGCCUCGCUCUCUUCUUUACGCCCAAAGACCUAGGUCCUCAACUGGCUAAGAACUCCGAUAAGAACGCUUGGGAAAUCAUCAAAUCGUUCGACCUCGCGGGCUCCUUCCUCCUGAGCUCGACAGUCGCAUUCCUCAUCCUCGGCCUCAAUCUGGGCGGCAAUAUCUUUCCAUGGUCACAUCCCCUGGUCAUCACCUCACUCAUCGUCUCCGUCAUCGCCAGCGGUAUUCUCGUCUGGGCCGAGUCACGCCAUCCACGUCCAGUCAUGCCGCUUGCCAUGGUCUUCACCAGUCCCCGCGGCAAUCUUGUCUUUGGUAACUUCUUCGCGCAGAUUGGAUUCCAGACCAUCAUCUUCAACGCGCCGAUCUUCUUCCAGGCCGUCAAAUUUGACUCCCCUUCGCAGUCGGGCUUUCGCCUCGCCUUGCCGAGCUUGUGCACGAUGGUUUGUGGCAUCUCGAGUGGCUUGUACAUGACACGGUACGGCCGCAUGAAGGGGCUUCUAGUCUCUGGUGCAAUCUUCACUCUCCUAGGAGGUGUACUAGCGACCGUCUUGUGGGAGAAUGUUCCGAUGUGGUUUGCGACUGCCGCAAUGGCCCCUGGUGGGAUAGGCGUUGGUUUGAGUUUCCCGGCCUCAACGAUUGCGGUGCUGUCGGUGAGCGCGAAGGAAGAUCAGGCGGUGAUGAGCAGUACUUUGACGCUGUGGAGGAGCUUGGGUAUUGUCAUGGGUGUGGCACUCAGUAGUUUGAUAUUGCAGAGUGCCCUGAGUGCGUAUCUCGAGAAGCUGGUUACCGGGCCGCACAAGGCAGAGAUCAUACGGCAGGUCCGGAGCUCCGUUCGCUCAAUCUCGGACCUCGACCUCAAACACCAGGCUCAAGUGAUAUCCGCCUAUCGGCAAAGUCUAACCCUGACGUUUGCUCUCUCCAUCGUUGCAUACCUCAUUGUCUUUGACUUGACUGUUCCAGUCAAGCUGCCUCGCCUCGGCAAACAUAAAGAAGAAGAAGACCGGCCGAAGUCUCCAUCCGAAUCCACUCCAAUUUCUUAAGUCAAUGGGAGUCGAAGUUGGAUUAAGCACUGUAAUGGCACUAUAGAAGUAUAGAAGCCCUAAGACCGAUGACAUGACAGGUUCCGAAUCUACAUCUAAUGUAUAUCUAUGUUCAAACGCAACAUCCUCACUUGGAG